AUGCUUACCCCUGAGGAGGACGUGCUCUGCGCCGACGGGAAGACGCCGACGGACCCGUGGCGGCUGUGCACUAUGCAGCAGGUGGAGGAGGUGAAGUGCUUAGCGCGGAUCAUCCCAGUGUGGUCGUCGGGGAUCGUCUACUUCGUGGUGGUCACCCAGCUAAGCACCUACGUCGUCCUCCAGGCGGCGCAGACCGACCGCCGUAUCACCGCCAGCAGCAGCUUCCAGAUCCCGCAGGGCUCCUUCGUCGUCUUCGUGAUGCUCGCUCUAACUCUCUGGAUCCCGGUGUACGACCGUCUACUCGUGCCGCUGCUCCGCCGGAUCACCAAGCGCGAGGGUGGCAUCACACUGCUCCAGCGGAUCGGCAUCGGAAUGGUGCUCUCAGUGGUCACCAUGCUGGUGCUGGCGGGCCUGUCGGAGGCGUUCGCCGCCAUCGGGCAGACCGAGUUCUACUACCGGCAGUUCCCCGAGAACAUGCGAGCGUCGCUGGGGGCGCUCUACUUCCUUGGCUGGGCACUGGCGAGCUACGCCAGCGGGCUCAUGGUGACCAUUCUGCACCGGACAACGGGAUGGCUGGCGCAGGACCUGGACGAGGGCAGGGUGGACCUGUUCUACCUUGUCACCGGUGUCAUCGCAGCGGUCAACCUCGUCUACUUCGUGGCGUGCGCACGGUGGUACAGGUUCAAGAAGUCAGAUGAUGACCACACCGGCUCCGGCGCCGGCGACGCCGGCCUCGACGAGAGCCCGAAGAAAGCGGCGAAUGCAGCGCCGGUUUAG